GGUUUAAAUGAAAAGAAAGGAAGAUAUUUAUGGAAAUUGAAUAAAAUAAGAAUGGAGGAAGGGGGUUGAUCUGUAAAACUGUAACAGCUGGAGUGGGGACAAGGUCCAUUGCCCAACACGUUUCAAUGGCACAUGCUGCUUGUGUCUCCGUUCUCCCCUACGGUCGUCAACUCCACCGACGAAUCUUCUUCCCUCCUCAACGCUCAUCUCCUUCCUCCGCCUCCGCCUCGGCCACCGAUUCCCUCUUCACCUCCGCUUCCGCCUCCACUUCCAAUUACUCCCCCAAAGUUGUCGUCACCAGAGAGCGUGGCAAGAACGCCAAGCUUAUUACUGCUCUGGCCAAACAUGAAAUCAAGUGUUUGGAACUUCCUCUCAUUGAGCACGCACCGGGAGUGGACUUAGAUAGGCUUCCUUCUGUAUUAAGUGAUAAUGUGUUUGAUUGGAUUGUCAUAACUUCCCCAGAAGCUGGUUCAGUCUUUCUAGAGGCAUGGAGAGCUGCUGGGAUGCCUCAUGUCAAAAUAGGCGUUGUUGGCGCCGGCACUGCAAGCAUUUUCAAGGAAGCUAUGCAGUCUUCAAAUCAAUUGCUUGAUGUUGCCUUCGCACCAUCAAAAGCAACAGGAAAGGUUUUGGCUACAGAACUUCCAAAGAUUGGAAAUAAAACAACUGUUCUAUACCCUGCUUCUGAAAAGGCCAGCAAUGAGAUUGAGGAAGGACUUUCCAAGCGUGGAUUUGAGGUUAUUAGGAUGAAUACAUACACAACGGUGCCAGUUCAAAAUGUAGACCAAAUGGUUCUUAAGCAGGCACUUGCUGCCCCUGUUGUCACUGUAGCUUCACCAUCUGCUAUUCGUGCUUGGAAGAAUCUUCUUUCUGAUUCAGAGUGGAACAAUUCUGUUGCAUGCAUUGGCGAGACGACUGCUGCAAUGGCAAGAAGAUUAGGAUUCAGAAAUGUGUACUACCCAACACAACCAGGCCUGGAAGGCUGGGUAGAAAGCAUUCUUGAAGCACUAGGAUCAUAUGAUGAACUAUUGAGGUAAUCAUCUGCACUUCGUAGCAACGGGAGAUGUUUCCAGCGUUUUACUGGCAGAGAAAAUAACCUAUAUAGUGAUUUUACUUUGGGAAGCAUUUACUUCUCAGAUAUUUUUAGGUUUAUAGAGGCUAUCAUGAGAUGAGUGGUAAAUAGUCUUCGUGAUGUAAAUACCCUUCAUAAUUUGAUUCAUUAAUGUUGAUUUAUUUUGUUGCUAAUUGAUCCAGUUGUCCGAAUAUGUGAGUUUCCACAGGACUGAAAAAAAAAAAGAUUUAGUAUCUAAACAAUAAGACAAGUCAUGCGGUUCACUAGGAAUCUAGGAUGAGAUUUUGUCUGAUUUAAGGUUAAUUAACGGAUUACGUUAUCCCCGUCUCCUCAAAUUUAAACAAUCCAAAAGAUGUGUAAGUAAAAUAAUUCAAACGGAUCACUUCCCAUGGUAGACAGUUCUUGUCCACACUAAAUUGGUAGCUGGAGUUCAUCAUGCCCAAAGAGAAGAGCCCUGGCUUGAAGAUCUUAUGGCUCUCGACCUUUGGAACUGCUGCUGUAUUAGUUGGCAAUGUGUUGAGGA